CUCGGGGCGCUGGGGGCCCCGCCGCCGGCUCCCGGCAGCCCAGCGUGGAGAUUCUGGACAGUCCUACAGGAUCACAUGUUGAAUGGUGUAAACAGCUUAUAGCUGCUACAAUUUCUAGUCAGAUUUCAGGUUCAGUGACAUCCGAAAAUGUAUCCAGAGACUACAAGGCUCUAAGAGAUGGAAAUAAGCUGGCACAGAUGGAAGAAACGCCACUCUUUCCAGGAGAAUCCAUCAAGGCCACUGUGAAAGAUGUCAUGUACAUCUGCCCAUUUAUGGGAGCAGUGAGUGGAAGCCUGACGGUGACUGACUUUAAGAUGUACUUCAAGAAUGUAGAAAGGGACCCGAAGUUUGUCCUCGAUGUUCCCCUUGGUGUGAUUAGCAGAGUUGAGAAGAUUGGAGCGCAGAGCCACGGGGACAAUUCCUGUGGCAUAGAGAUUGUGUGCAAGGAUAUGAGGAACUUGCGACUUGCUUAUAAGCAGGAAGAACAGAGUAAACUUGGGAUAUUUGAAAACCUCAACAAACUUGCAUUUCCUCUUUCCAAUGGGCAGACACUCUUUGCAUUCAACUACAAAGAAAAAUUUCCAACAAAUGGGUGGAAAGUUUAUGAUCCUGUAUCUGAAUAUAAGAGACAGGGCUUGCCAAAUGAGAGCUGGAAAAUAUCCAAAGUGAACAGUAACUAUGAGCUCUGUGACACCUACCCUGCUGUCAUUGUCGUGCCAACUAGUGUGAAAGAUGCUGACCUUUCAAAAGUGGCAGCCUUUCGAGCAAAAGGCAGAGUCCCGGUGUUAUCGUGGAUUCAUCCAGAAAGUCAGGCAACAAUUACCCGUUGCAGCCAGCCACUUGUGGGUCCCAGUGAUAAACGCUGCAAAGAAGAUGAAAAAUACUUGCAAACAAUAAUGGAUGCUAACGCACAGUCUCACAAACUUAUCAUCUUUGAUGCCCGACAAAACAGUGUCGCUGAUACCAACAAGGCCAAGGGUGGAGGGUACGAGAGUGAAAGUGCUUACCCCAACGCGGAGCUCGUGUUCUUGGAGAUCCACAACAUCCACGUGAUGAGAGAGUCCCUGCGUAAACUGAAAGAGGUCGUGUACCCUUCGAUAGACGAGGCGCGGUGGCUCUCCAGCGUGGACGGGACGCACUGGCUGGAGUAUAUAAGGAUGCUUCUUGCUGGGGCAGUAAGGAUUGCUGAUAAGAUAGAAUCUGGGAAAACUUCGGUGGUGGUGCACUGCAGCGAUGGUUGGGACCGAACAGCCCAGCUGACGUCUCUGGCUAUGCUGAUGUUGGACAGUUACUACCGCACCAUUAAAGGGUUCGAGGCUCUCAUAGAAAAGGAGUGGAUAAGCUUCGGACAUAGGUUUGCACUGAGAGUAGGCCAUGGCAAUGACAACCACGCGGAUGCUGACCGAUCCCCUAUAUUUCUUCAGUUUAUUGAUUGUGUUUGGCAAAUGACAAGACAGUUUCCUUCAGCAUUCGAGUUUAAUGAGCUAUUCUUGAUCACGAUUUUGGAUCACCUGUAUAGCUGUCUCUUUGGGACUUUUUUGUGCAACUGUGAACAGCAGCGAUUUGAAGAGGAUGUAUAUACGAAGACUAUAUCUUUAUGGUCAUAUGUCAAUAGCCAGCUUGAAGAAUUUUCUAAUCCUUUCUUUGUGAAUUAUGAAAACCACGUCUUAUAUCCCGUUGCUAGUCUGAGUCAUUUGGAACUAUGGGUAAACUAUUAUGUGCGGUGGAACCCACGAAUGAGGCCUCAGACGCCCAUUCACCAGAAUCUCAAGGAGCUGCUGGCCAUCAAGGCGGAGUUGCAGAAGCGGGUGGAGGACCUGCAGCGGGAGGUGGCCACACGCGCCUCGUCAUCAUCCGAGCGGGGCUCCUCGCCGUCCCACUCGGCCACCCCCGUCCACACCUCCGUCUGAGGGGCUCCAGAGGACAGCACUCGCGGUGACCCCGGCCAGCCAGGACCUCCUGCUCGGCGGCUCGGGCAAGAGACGGUAGCUUGUGAUCUUGUCUUUUAGGAUUAGGCCCAACGUCCUCCAAGCCUGGAUGGCACUUCCCACCAGUGACCAUUUGUGUGGCUAGGUGACCACGCCCACUGUCCUCAAGUGCUUUUUGUUUCGUGAGCCCGUUCCCUCCUGCCCACGCCAUCCUGUGGCGGCCGCCUGCCGCAUCGAGCCCGCGGACCGCCUGGCUCUGGGGCCCGGGAGAGGCGCGGGAGCAUGGAGCGCGGGGCUUCGGGUCAAGGGGGCCCCACU